GGCUUCAUCCACCACACGGCUGCAUUGGUGCUGCGCUUCCCGCAGCUCGUGCAGCUCUCCCGAUACUUCACGUCAUGCACGUCGGAAGGACUAAAGAGAUGCACGGUUUGGCGAUCAAGCUUUAUAUCUGGGCGCCUCCCAUUAUGUUCAUGAAGCUCGGACGAAUACUGCGCUGGCCUGGUAGCCUUGCCCAUUAUUCGGUCCUGGCUGGUAUCAGGAGAGUGAAAUCUCUGGGAUCUCGCGGUCUCUAAUCCAUUUGACUGUCCCGUGCCUUGUUUUUUUUUUUCUCGCUCAUUCACAGCUGAGCUGUAUCGGGGUAGCCAAGAUUAUUGGCUGCUGACCCCUCCACACACCCUCGACACCCUUGUCCGCCUCGAUUCUGGUCUCGUCCAAUCCGAGCUGGCCCUUUUCGUUUGUGUUGGUCGGUCUUGUGCCAUACAUGCAAGCCAUCGGCAGAUCGCUUGACGUGAAAAAAAGCCCAGGAUCUAUCCGUUCCUCCUCAGCCUUGGUGGUUCUUGGAAGUACCAGUUUGCGUCAGCACAGCCGGGGUGCGUGUUGCAUUACUAGAAGAGAGACGUUUGCACCUCUUGGAGUGUCUGGCCGACUUGGACUCCUCCGUCUUCCUUCAAAUUAUACCCCUCUACAGUCGAAUGUUCGCUGUCGCCCCCACCCACAGUCUUGUACACUGCCGGGGACUCUACAGUCAGCAUGGCGGGGAUUGUCAAUAAGCCUCUGGGCAUUUUCCGCCGCCCAGAAUCCCCUAAGCCUCUCCAUAAUAGAUGGGGAGACGUGGAUAUCUCGGUGCCCACGGACGGCUCAUGGAACCAAUAUGACAACCCUCAUCGACCACCCCUAGAAAGACAAUCCUAUGGGCCCGGAUUCGUACCGGAUUGUUCACCGUCAGAUCGAGUCCACGGCACUUCAGGCAUCAAUACCACAAGAGAAAGUAUGCUGCGAAGCGGGGAGGCUGACGAAGACACCAAAAGCACCGCAACAAAUAGAGCCUCCAUCAUGUCUCCAUCGAGACGAAACUCACUUUCUCUUGGAGGGUUACGACCGAAAAGACUUUCUGUACGCCUUGCAUCUCGCCCGAAGCACCUAAGAGGUGAGGCGUCUCUGGAAGGGCCAAGCCACUAUGCAGAGCACAAGAAGGCCGAGUUUGCAUACAAACCAAUCCACCCAGAUUAUCCCACCGAAAUAUCUGACAAGGGCGAGCGAGCAACCCAUCGCUAUCGCUACAUUCCCACAAAGGGGCGGUACCUCGAGAAUAUCCCCUCCCCCCGAAGUCCACGGAGCCAAUCAGCCACGUCUUUCCGCGGCUCCCAUACUCGUCGAGACUCGCUUACCGAGUUUCCAGAAAUUCAGGAACGGGAGCGCGGUCGUGAACAGGCUAGGCUCAACUCGCGACAGAGUUACUACCCAGACGACGACCGCCAAAGUGUGCGAUCGAGUAUCGCCGGUAGCUCUGACAGUUCUGGCUCUGGUUCUGGGUCUAGAAUGAGUAUUGGAUUACCGCCGAGACGUAGGACUUCGCCGUUUGUCGCAGCGGAUCAGAAGAGGUCGUCGUCUCUGAAGCCGAUGACUUUGGCGAUGGUACCUGAUCCCGAGGACCUAUAUGAAUGAUGGAUGAUCGAUUUCAACAAUUAAUGACCAGAGUGGCCUUGUGCGAUAACGGCUGUUUACUCAUUGCGGACUUUGUGCUUGGCAUUCAAGGCGUUGGGAACAUGGAUGGCGUUUUCGGUAUAUCUCGACAUUAUAAGUCGACAGAUUGCAAUCAAUACUAUUUCUUUCUCACUC